AUGCCGACCACCGGGGACGCGCUCAGAAACGGGAGACUAAAGGACGUUGGCGAGGGCUACGCCUACUCCGUCCAGAGCAGCAGGUCCGACAGCGACUCUGACGACAACGGUGAGGUCGUCAUGAGGCGAGCGGCGUCGGGCGAGCACUCCCUGCGCUCCUCGCUGUCGCACGUGCUCAUGGGCAGCAGCCUCAACGUCCUGCUCGUCUUCGUGCCGCUGGCGGUGCUGGCCAGCCCGGAGCACCAGGACUGGGGCCACGCGUGGACGUUCGCGUUCGCCCUGGCCGCGCUGAUACCGUUCGCCGAGCGGGUGUCCUUUGUGACGGAGGACGUCGCGAAGUACACCAGCGACACCGUAGGGGGCCUUCUCAACGCCAGCUUCGGCAACAUUACCGAGCUCGUCGUCUGCGUUUUUAUGCUGAAGACGGGAGGCAGCAUGAUGUUGAGAUUGGUCCAGGUGUCCAUGUUGGGCUCCGUGCUGUCCAACUUGCUUCUGGUUCUCGGGUCCGCCUUUUUGGUCGGCGGCAUCCGGCACAAAGAGCAGGUGUUCAAGCCGGCCGUUUCCGGUAUCUACAGUGUAUUGUUAUUGUUUGCAGUGCUCGGGAUGUCUUUACCUCUUGCCCUGGCGGCUACGCACACCGGCGCCGGGGACGCUCGCCAGGAGGGCGACCAGACGGCCCACGGCGGCGAGGCGCCGCUCUGGCUGUCCCGGUUCAUCGCCGUGGUGAUGCUGUUUAUUUAUGGAUUGCUCAUUCUCUUCCAGCUGAAGACGCACAGCCAUCUCCUGGAGGGCAUGGAGGAUGGCGAGGACGAGCCGGGCGUGCUCGGCCUGUGGGGCGGCGUGCUCUGGCUCGCGUUCACGGCGGAUUACUUUUUUUAUUUCUGUACUGUCGGACUACAUCGUGGACGCCAUAGAGGGUGCCGCGAAGGGCACGGGCACGCCCCUGCUCUUCCUCGCCGGCAUCCUCGUCCCGAUCGUCGGCAACGCGGCGGAGCACUUCGCGGCCAUCACGUUCGCCUGGCGCAACAAGAUGGAGAUCUCGCUGGGCAGCGCCGUGGGCUCGGCGGUGCAGAUCGCCGUCUUCGUGAUCCCGCUGUGCGUCGUGCUGGGCUGGGCCAUGGGGGAACCCAUGUCGCUGAACUUCCACGUGUUUGA